UGGAACGGUAAGUGUCCUAGUCAAAAUGAUGUUUCGUAGCAUCGUAACAUAUAUUUUGUUCAUCGGUAAUGGAGUUGCAGAAAAGAACUCUUGGGGGCAUGAAAUAUGUUCGACGGAUCAUGAUUGCAGCAAUUUGUUGCAUGAAUGUUCCACAUUUGGAUGCUCGAUCUCAUUAUGGAAGAUGGCCGUACUAAUGGCUGUGAUCUUCAUCACACUUAGUCUGUUUGGUUGCAUCUGUUACGGCUGUCCACGAAGACAUACAUACAACAAUGAAGUUCCAGCAUACACCCAAUAUUCAGAGAAUACAACCGAUUGUACGCAAACGGACUCAGCGAAUACAACCGAUUGUACGCAAACGCAUUCAGCGAACACAACUGAUUUACCAGAAAUUUCAUACAGAGCGACUUCACCAACGGGACCGUCUUAUCAUCGAGGCUGUUGCGUGUGCCAAUAAACGAAUUAAUUCUGCCGGACCUUCUGACUUGUAACCUCCAAUUAAAAUUUUAAGAUAUUCUGUCCAUUUUAUUCUUCAAAAUCAGGGUUGAAAUGCAGAAAUUAUGCUGGCUUAAAUGGAUCUACCAUCACAGACACCAUC